UGGGGAGGACGGUGGGGAGGACGGUGGGGAGGACGGUGGGGAGGACCUCGAGGAGGAUGAGGGGCUGGGGGGUAUGCCGCAGGAGCUAGACCCGACCCUAGUUUGGUCUCCGCCGGUGGAGGAGGUGUACGUUGCAGCCGAGGAGAGGCUGGAACCACGGGACAAGAAGCCGUAUAGGCGCGGGAUUACGAAACUCCCCAAGCUAAAAACUUGGGCCUUCCGCGAUGUUGUUCUCGUGCCCGCUGGAAAGAGCAUGUUCAAGUAUGGCGACCCGAGGAGGAAGCCGACACGUGAGUACCCGAACAUCCUUGGAGGCAUAAUUAGGAAGCAUUUCCCUGGGAUUGUCAAUCUCCCUACUGGUGGCCGCGACGUGGCUUGGACUUGGAAGCACUACAGCUACGCGGAAGAUCCUAGCGGCAAGUACGAAAACAUGCAAGAGCGGGUUGUCCGCCACUUCUGGAGGGCUGAGGGCAAGGAAAUUGCGUGCGACGUUAUCUUACACGAGUUGUGCAGGGUGAGGGUGGUCGGCAUGCACUACGAGGCACGUGUCCAGAGGCGUCCCGCGACCGGCACGCCCGAGCGCAAAGUUUGGAUGAGUAAGGCUGAUUGUCGGGAUACGCUCAUGGCACCGUGGCAGUACAUGCAGCACCCUCCUCAGUACGUCGGGGAAGACAGGGCGUGCUUUCUUGCGAUGGUCAUAUGGUGGACAUCCCGCGAGUACGCCCGGAAGCACGAGGAGGGCAAGCGAAGCGUUCGAGAGAUGGGAGGUGGAUCACAUGUCCUGGGCAGCAAGAACUUGGCCCUUACCUUGCAGGAUGAGGAAGUGAAGACAGGCGUGGCACCAAACUUGUUUGGCUUUUUCCAAAAGUCGAAGACCAGGAAGGAGCCGCAUCCUGAAACGGGGUCCUUGUGGGUCAACGACCUAGCGGAGGGCCAGUGUGGCGCGUACCGCUCGAAGUUCAAGGACAAGCACGGCGAAGACGCCGACCCAACCACCGAAGAGUUUGACGUUGAGGUUGCGGUGCUUGCGGGACAAGGCAAGAAGGGUGGCCGCCUAUGGAUUGCUGACGGGUUAGUCGACCCAAGUACCAUUCCAUCUCUACGCCAGAUCCGUCGUGGGCGUACGAGCGAGCAGCCUCGGGUAGAGACCCGCCCACGGGCUUCGGACCUAGCUAUCGAGAAGUUACGGGCGGAGAUGGAAGAAAGGGAACGGAGGCACCAAGAGGAGCAGAUGCAGAUGCAGCAGCAGCUUAGGGAGAACAUGCAGAUGCGAGCAGCAGAUAUCCCCACGCCCGAUCCGGCUGUGAUGGCGCUCCUCCAAGCAAGCGCCAAGUCGGAGCCCGCCGACACCUGGCUUGACCGUCAACAAUACGGGCAUCAUCCGGAGCUCGCAGCAGCUUUCUAG